UUGGCGUGAUUAGUAAAUCUGUAAAUUCGACUAGUUCGUCGAAUAUUUAAUCGUCCAGUGCAAGACGUUUUCCAAGAUGAAGAAACUAAUUCGGAACUGAGUGUAAUAGAGAUAAGCAAAGUUUUAGCGGAACGUUAAUUUAUCUGUGACAACGGAAAGUUAAGCUAUCUUUGACAACGGAAAGUUAAGCUAUCUGUGACAACGGAAAGUUAAUACAACUGUUACAGCGGAGCGUUAAUACAUAUGUUACAGCGGAUAGUUAAGCUAUCUGUAACAGCGGAAAAUUAAUAUAUCUGUUACAGCGGAAAGUUAAGACAUCGGUAACAGCGGAAAGUUAAGACAUCUGUUACAGCGGAAAGUUAAACGACCAGUUUGCAAAAAAAAAUGUUGGCAUGACGCAACAGCAGAUGUGAAGUUCUUCAACAGCGAAGUUUGAAACAUCCUGGACUAUAUAAAUCUGUCAACCCACCCGACAGCAUUCAAGUGAAGCAGACAACUGCCAGCUGUAUCAACUGUUAGCUGUUAUUUUGAAUAAUGUUCACAAUGGUUCAGGCUGCUGAAGCGUUCCCAAUACGGGAACCUAUAAAGGAACGCGAGGAUCUGGUUCCUCUUUAUCCUCCCCUACCAGGAGAAUCUAUUCUCUACUUAGGUGAGACGAGGAAGGGAUGUAUAUCUCUGUCCAACUACCGUCUAUAUGUAACCGUUCCUCCAGGCUUUAUUAAUAUUCCUCUAGGACUAAUUGAUCAGAUUGAAGUCCGAGAUAUGUUUUUUCUUCAGUUAUACUGCAAAGAUGGUAGAUACUACAGGAUUCAGUUCGGCAGCUCAGGGUCCUGCGAGGAAUGGACGAAACGGCUGUUGGACGAAAUGUCGCCGCCGGUCAAAAUCGAGGACAUAUUCGCCUUCGGCCACCUGGCGUGGAGCUUGGAGGGGGGUGUGGAGGAGGGGGAGGGGGCUGGGGAGGAGACAUCUUGGUUUAGAGCUGAACUAGCCAGACUUAGGUUUGAUCUUCAAGGUGCCUGGCGAGUGAGUAUGGUGAAUCAGGAGCAUAAACUUUGUCCAACAUACCCUCAGGAACUACUGCUCCCCGCAUGUAUAUCUGACGCUAUGUUGGAGAAAGUUGGACAGUUCCGUUCCUCCCGCCGUAUUCCGGCGGUAGUCUGGCGGAACUCUGCUAACGGAGCUGUACUGGCCCGCUGUAGCCAACCAGAGGUUGGAUGGCUUGGCUGGCGCUCAUCCGAAGACGAAGAACUGGUCCGCGCUAUUGCUGAUGCAUCUGCGUACGAUAGCGGACGCCAACGUACCCUCUCCGAAUCCAGUUCCAAUUGGGACGCAUCCAGUGCGUCAAGUUUAUCCCUACAAAACGGUGAAAUACCGUCCUUAAAGGAUCUCUCCGCCGAAGUGGCGGGGCGGAGUGAUGUUAAGAAAGUUCUAAUUAUGGAUGCACGUUCCUACGCCGCGGCAGUUGGUAAUAGAGCUCGUGGCGGAGGGGUGGAGUGCCAGGAGUAUUAUAAUAACGCUGAGAUCCUGUUCAUGAACCUGGCAAACAUUCAUAGCAUCAGAAAAAGUUUUGUCGCGCUAAGAGUACUUUGCCAUUCAUCUUCAGAUCAGACUUCAUGGUUUCAGGGUAUUGAUGCUACAAAAUGGCUUCACCAUAUUUCUGGACUACUAAAAGCUGCUGUUAGAUGUGCUACUGCCUUGCAGGUUGAAGGGAGAUCUGUAAUAGUUCACUGCUCUGAUGGGUGGGAUAGAACACCACAGAUAGCUUCACUAGCUCAGCUAAUCCUAGAUCCUUACUAUAGGACUAUGGAAGGGUUCCAGGUGCUAGUAGAGAAGGAAUGGUUAGAUUUUGGACAUAAAAUGGCGGACAGAUGUGGUCAGGGUUUGGGUACUUCAGAUCCUAACGAGCGGUCUCCCAUCUUCCUUCAGUGGUUGGAUUGUGUACACCAGCUGUUACUCCAGUUUCCGGUCAGUUUCCAGUUCAAUCUAACCUUCCUCUUCAAAAUAGUUCAGCACACAUACUCAAAUAUUGUAGGAACGUUCCUGGCCAAUUCUUUGAAUGAAAGAAGACGACUUAAGAUUAGAGAAAGAACGCGGUCCAUCUGGUCGUUCCUUAGAUCACAUCCAAUUCAGUUCAGAAAUUUUCUAUUUGUCCGAAAGGAUGAAGUCCUGUGGCCCAAAUGUGAGGUGAGAGAUUUAUUAGUUUGGACAGAUCUUUAUAUCGGGGAGGGAUGUGGAGAGGGAGGAACAACAACCCUCCCUCCCUCGCCAGAUUGUAGUUCUACCAUCCCACCCUCUUUAAACAAGGAGAGGAGUAGAGAGAGCAGUGGAGAUUCUUCGGAUAAUAGGGAGGACUGGGAGAACGGUGAGGGUAGAGAAGGUGGGGGAGGAGGAGAAGAAGAAGAGGGACGGGUUGGAGAGGAAGGAAGGAAUGGUCAUCAUCCUCCUCCUCCUCCCCCUCCUCCAUAUCCGCAUAAACUUGACAGGAAAUCUCACAUAGAGAGUUCGACUGAUACCCUAGUGGGGGAGCCCCUUCCCUCCCCACCAGUCUUCAAUACAUCCCUAGACUCGGACGGUCUAGCUGUUGCACAAGAUGAGGUUCAGAAGCGUAUGGUUGUGAUAUUCUCUCAGCACCAAGUAGAAUUAUCCUCUCUGAAGCGGGAUCUAUACAUGUCAAGAAUGGCGUUAACACAAGCUGGACUUGUUCCAGUUCAACCUUCUACGGAUGAAUUACAGGAUAGCAGAUCUGGAGUAGAGUCUGCUACCAGUGAAGUAAGCUGGGAAGCUAUUGAUGAGGGGGAAACUAGGCCUACACUAUGGGUUCCUGAUCACGCGGCCAGUGCUUGUAUGGGCUGCAGUACACAGUUCUGGUUUGGUAGACGUAAACACCAUUGUAGAUCCUGCGGAAGAUUAUUUUGCUCUGAGUGUUCUGAGCAGAGUGUUCCUAUUCCUGCCGAGCAGCUGUACCAGCCAGUCCGGGUCUGCGAUACAUGUUAUGACGAGCUCACAGCUGAUCGACAAACUUGGAGCAAGGAGAAAAUCCUCGAAUUUGAAAUAGCACGGGAAAAUUCAGAAAAAGCCCGCGAAAACGCGGUUAAAGCCCGGGAAGCGGUUGACAAACCUAUUGUUGUUGAACGGCGGGGUGAGAAUGGGAUUGAUACCGUGGGAAAGAAGGGAAAUGUUCCCGAACUCUGUGAUAAACUUUGCAGCUCCGAGCUGGCUGAACCCGCCUUAGAGGAAUCCUAGCUCCCUGCAGACCAUUGUGCCGAUAAGACAAUAACUAUUCAGGUUUGACAUGAUAGUGACCAUAUGCCCAGCGGGCAGGGCCUGUAAUAAUUAAUGAAUUUAUGAAACUAGUCGAACAGUGUUGAGAUUUAUAUUAUAUAUAUUGGGAGGGGGGGGGG